AUGAACAAGGCAUUUGGUGACCCUGAUCCAGGUAAGGACAAGGAACUGGCAGUGAACUAUUACUGGCAGACACCAGUCAUGAGCUGCACAGCCAGUGAGGAUCAGCAGGUGAGCCUCUCCUAUGAGGCUUUCCGUGGUCUUCUGGUGUCCCAGUAA